AUGUCAGAGUCUCUCGCAGAGAAGGCCGAACAGUGCAUUCACGCGCUCGUCUGGCUUCAUCAGAAGCUGAAGACGGAUGGAGUUGAGCACGCUUUCACCGGACUGGCGGGGACGAUCGUGCGCCUGUACGCCGCGCAGAAUUACCUUGGUCGCGAGCGUCUCGCUUCUGCCCCCAGCAUCCGCGAGUUCAUGACCCGCCGUCGCUACUCACAGGACCUGAUCCUGCACCUUGAGAUCGCAGAAGCGGACAUUCAACAAGUCGCGGAGGACCUUCACGCCCGGGCAGAUCCUCACGAGUAUGGAUGGCGCGCCGCCGUCACGAUCGCCGACACCACCUGCCGCUUCUUCCUCAAGUCCUUUGUCCCUCACUCGCCACACGACCACUCAGCCUGGCCACGCGACUACUGCCACAUCGUCCAAGGCGCGCACUCGAUCGACAUCCCCACCGAACUAGCCGUCGUAGCGCAGUGCAAUCGCCUCACCCGCCUUACGCAAGUAUCGGACCAGCGCCUCCAACAGGGCUUCGACCGCGCUCAUCCGCCGCCUGCCCCGGUUGAUACGGUUGCCUUCCGUGCAGAGUGGCUCGCGCAGGAGCACUUCGACCGGAUUGGGCACAGCGGGGAUUACUAUCUCAGUCACCAUGCCUGGGAUCACGACAUCCCCAUCUUGAUGACGCACGAAACCUACGUCGAGGCCAGCAACCAACUUCUCGCCGUUGUCUCGAGGUCGAUCGUCCACGUUGCCGGAAGAGAAGUCAACCUUCUUGUCGACUCGACGGCGGAGAGAGAACAUGCCGAGGGCAGGUACCCCGGCACAUCGCGCGAAAAAGUCCAGGCAGAUAUGACGAUGCUGAGGAACUCGUGGACGAUCGUGCUGGUGUUGGUGGCCGAGUACUUCAAGGUGCGUUUCCUUUCGCCUCCUGCUCAACGGUGA